AUAACAUUACUUAUCUGUCAGUCUGUGCCAAGUUUAACGAGAAGGUCUGGGUCAAAUGUGGUAGAUGUGGCAGUGGGCGGCGUGGCUCAGUGCGAGACGAGUGGCCUUUCUGUGUGGUGUGACUGGCGUGUUCCUCGCCCUGCACUGUUCAUCGCUGCCUGUCGCUAAGCCUGACGCAUCGCCACCAUGACCACCAACUUCAGUGAGGUGGUGGAGCGGAGUCGCGCGGCCUUCAACAACGGCCGCACGCUCUCCGUCGCGUUCCGGAAGCAGCAACUGAAGCAGCUGCUGAAGAUGUACAAAGACCACCAGCAGGACUUCAUUGACGCCCUCCACACAGAUCUUAGAAAGCCCAAGAUGGAGUCGUUCAUGUUUGAGGUGAACGCCGCCAUGGAGGACAUCAAGUACACCCUCAACCGCAUUGACAAGUGGGUGGAGCCGGACAAGGCACCGUCGCUAAUCCCAAUGGACAAGAGUUUCGUCCUGAAGGAACCGUACGGCGUGGUGCUGGUCAUGAGUGCCUGGAACUUUCCGCUCAACCUCCUCAUGAUCCCCGUGCAAGGAGCCAUAGCUGCCGGCAACGCUGUCAUCAUCAAACCCUCUGAGGUGGCUUCAGCCACAGAAGCGCUCGUGGCCAAACUGGUCCCUCAAUACUUGGACAAAGAAUGUUACCAGGUGGUGUGUGGCGGCGUGACGGAGACCACCGCCCUCCUGCAGCAGCGCUUCGACUACAUCUUCUAUACGGGUUCGACGCACGUGGGCCGCAUCGUGAGGGAGGCCGCCAACAAGAACCUCACGCCCACCACGCUGGAGAUGGGCGGCAAGAGUCCGUGCUACAUCGACAGCACCGUCAACAUGGACCUGGUGGUGCGGCGCGUGCUCUGGGGCAAGUUGUGCAACCUGGGCCAGAUCUGCGUCGCGCCGGACUACGUGCUGUGCACCAAGGCCGUGCAGGAGCAGUUCGUGAGCAAGGCGCGGGAGGUGCUGCUCGAAUGGUACGGGAAGGAGCCACAAAAAUCGCCAGACCUGUCCAGGAUCAUAAACGAGAGACACGUCGAUCGACUUGUAGGUUACCUAGAAUGCGGCAAGGCUGUGAUCGGCGGCCGCCACGACAAGGCUGACCGCUGGAUAGACCCGACGGUGCUGGUGGACGUGCCCCACGACAGCAAGGUGAUGAAAGAGGAGAUCUUUGGGCCAAUCCUCCCCAUCAUCAACGUAAAGAACUACGUUGAUGCCAUCACCUUCAUCAGGGAAAGAGAGAAGCCGUUGGCACUCUACAUCUUCACGAAGGAGGAGGACGUGCAACAAAUAUUCCUGAAGCAGGUGUCCAGCGGCGGCGUCACCAUCAACGACGUCAUCUUCCACGUCGCGACCAACGAUUUACCUUUCGGCGGUGUGGGGAACAGCGGGAUUGGCUCCUACCACGGCAAGUACACCUUCGACACCUUCAGCCACCACAAGGCGUGCCUCAGCCGCACCUACAACCCCCUCAUCGAGAGAGCCACCAGAAUGCGCUUCCCUCCUUACACGGAGAAGAAGAUGAAGCUCAUGACCGCUCAGACGGACAAAGGGGACGGGCCUGGUGUCCUCUAUUACCUGCGAAAGCUCCUGGAACACCUCAUCACCAUGGCCCUCGGCGCUCUCGUCCUCUACCUCGUCAUGGAAUACAACAACGAUGAUGAUUAGAAGUGCUGCGGCGCCCUCGACUUAGCCUGAGAGUGUGUGUGUGUCUGUGUGUGUGUGUGUGUGGUAAGUUGUAAAAUAUUGCGCUUUUUUUCAGUAAAGGAGACAAACUAAAGACUUUACAAUAACAACAAAAUGUAAACAAAAAUUCUGCUUCUGUAAAUGGAGUGGAGGAAGAAGCCAACAGAGGUCAUCAUAUUUAGUUCCAGAGGUGUCUUGCUUGUCGACUGCAUGAGAGAUAGAUAGAUAGAACUACAUGAAUAUGCAGGAACAGAAAAACCCUGUGUUCCAAAAUAGGUAUUCCCUCACAAGGUUAACGAGACGAGAGAGCCACCGACGCAAUGAAUACAUGAGUGAAAGAAGCGGUGGCGAUUUUUUAGUCGUCGUUUCAACCUACGCAGCGGAAUGUGGAAGUGUGUUGGUGCUCAGCGUCAGUAAGGUAAAGUUGGGGGCAUGCGUCAGAGGCAGAGAGGAAUUCGGGCGAAGCCCGAAGUCCGUUAUUCAUCAUUAAUGUUGUGAUAUCAAUAAAACUUUCAUUAUUACCCUCACCGACAUUCAUGAAUCCUUAUCGUGUAAAGAAGGAAUCGUGUUUGUAGCCGUACGCUGAACGGCUUCAGACUGCGAUACGUCUAUAUAGAGUGUUUCGAGACGAACAAAACGGCUCGGUAUAUUCGGUGAAGUCUGGCGCCACAAAUAACAAUGUGUCUCAAGUUUCCUGCAACUUGGUCUCGCAUUCCCAUUACCUUACCCGAACGUACGUGGAUCAUUUAGGAUUAAUUUUAUAUGUGAAACAUUGUAUUUUGAUAAAUUCAUAUAAGAUGGUGAGUCAUGAGUGUGAUGGUUCAGUUAACACUGGUAUUUGAUGGCAUAGUAGAUGCUAAUUAGUAAAGUUGUGUGAUGCAUCCCAAACAAAAAAGCGCUUACACUACAAUAUUCUGUGCAAGUGACAAAAUGACACCUCCAUCAUUGGGUUAAUUAGAAAACAAAAACGCAAUUCAUGGAUAAUUCUGUUGUGGAGCAGCGUAAGCACCUUCCAGAGGGACCAGAGGAAAAAAAAAACAUAAAUGCACAUAAAUAAAACCAAUCGCAAAUGAUAGUACUUAAGAGGCGAAUAACAACCUAACAACACAAGACAACCUCCAACUAGGCUUCAGUUUUCAUCGCGCUUCGGGACCGAGAAAGGGGCGAAGCUUUGGUGAGGUUCGAUGGUCAUCCCCGCGCGAGCCAGGAAGAGUGGAAGGGACAGUUGUGAGCUAAUAAUGGGCGUGCGAGGAGGCGGACGACGGCAGGAGGGAUGAAGACACGCCGACGAGCUGCUGAAGGAGAGGCAGAAGAAGGGCCAGUGAAUGGAGGAGCAAGAACAAGGCAAGAAAAGGUGGUGACGAAUAGGAGUGGAACAGGAAGAACGCAAGAAGAAGAACGGGAAGGCUAAGAACGAGAAAAAGGACGAGGUGGUGAUAUAAUCGUUGUCAGGAAACCGAUAUAACAAGAGAAGAAAAGGUGAGAACAGGUAAAGAAGAUAAAACGUGAGGGAAGCUGGAGGAACAACGAGAAGAAGAAGAAGAAGAAGAGGGAUAAACAGUCGUCAGAGUUGAUGAAAGAACAAAGAGAAGCAAGAAAAAAAGGGGGAGGUGGUGGUAAGUUAGUGGAAAACGGAAGAAUAAAGAAAGAUGCUAAAAAGUGAACGAAAACGAGAAAGAACACGAAGGAAGAAGUGAGAGAGAGAACAGUCUACGGGAGAGAGGAAGGACCAAGGGAAGCAGAGAGAACAGGUGACGGUAGAGAGAAAGAACACGAAGGAAGAAAGGAGAGCGAAAGAACGAAGAAACGAGAAGGAGGAAGAAAGCGCAGGAAGGAACAAAGAAAGGAAAGAAGAUGGCAACAGGCAACGGAAAAGAGGAAGACAGGGUGACUGAGAGAAGAAGGGUUACCAUAGCAGUUCGAGAAGUGAGGGGCAGGGACGGGAACAGGGUGGCGCAUAUCCUGCCUCUGUGCCUGGGGUGGAAGGCGACGGUGCAAAAGAGUUACGCGAAGCACCGAAGUGGCGUGCUGCAUGUCAUCGAGGUGGUGUGUGAAGUAGGCAGAGAGGCGCGAGAGGGGCUGUUUGUAGGCCGGGUCCCACGACAGCUCCUCCGGGCGGGGGUGUAGGCGGCGGCGUGUGUUCUCCGCCUCCUCAUCGCCCCAGCCCCCCGCCUCCCACCUCAGCCCCACCUCCCGCAGGGCUCUACCGCUCUUGGGCGCCAGGGCCAACCCUAGAGGGCCUGCUGGGCAGCGACACCCUCAGCCCCAACACGGCCUUCCAAGCUCUCAAGUGUACGCAAACCUUCCUGCAGAAGUCGGGGCAACUCGAGAGGAUCUAACUCCCACCCUGGUGACAGAACGGCCAACAUAAAAACAACACCUGAUAACAACUACCACUGACGGGGCUCUAAAGGCUGUGGCCCCACAGCCUAACUAGCCCCAUAAAACACCCAAGAAGAAGAAGUUCCUGUUUGCUAAUACCACUGUGUAUUUUUCAUCGGAAGGAAUAUACAUUAGGCAGGAUUGAGGAAAGGCUGUGAAAAGUCGUGAAAGGGGUUGGUGUCGUGAACCAAGGCAGCAAUUUUACCUUAGUUAACCUCAAACACGAUUUUCUCUCUUCUCCACGAGAGACGGGCGUCUCAGAUACUAACCAAAGUUGCGUGGCAUCACAUGUAGUAUUCGACACACUAGAAUCCUUGGUCUGCAAAGUGAAUGACGAGAUGAUAUUGAGUAACAAUACUAAUGAUUUACCGUUACCGUUACCUUUGA